CUAACAAAUCCAGAGUGAUUUAUAGUGAUAAAGAGCGGAAAUGACUGAUCCACUGUUGUAUUUUGUUCACUAGGUAAGGAUGGAAGCGGAGCAGCAGAUUCAAAGCGAAUCCAAAAGCAAUGAUCUGGCGUCAUCUGCACCACCAAAAGCACCAUCAGAAGCAUCUCCUCCUGCAGUCCCGUCGGCUCCGGCCAGACCACGGCGGCCCCAGAGGAGUCCACGAGUCGAAGGAUCUAUCGACGUAUCGGAGCCCAAACCUCCAGAGUCUCCAAAACCCAGCAGCCAUGAUGAACCGAACGCUGAAGCUCAGGCUCAGCUCAGAGUUCAUGGACCUCCGACUGCGCUGAAGCUUUCAGGACAUGCUUCUGUGGCUCGGAGCCAUAUUUCCAUGAGGGCCGCAUCGCUUCCUCAGGCUCCGUCAUAUAAGCCUCCGUCUGCAGAGUCAGUGCUUCACCCGCAGCGCGCUCUUUCUGUCGCCGGCACCGCAGACACACAGCCGCAGGUGGCAGAAGACUUCAGGAUUCACAUUGUCACAUGGAACGUGGGCUCAGCGAUGCCUCCGGAAGACAUCACUAAUUUGCUGGGGCUGAAUGUUGGAGAUGGAAACACAGACAUGUAUAUUAUAGGCCUACAGGAAGUGAACUCAAUGAUCAACAAACGACUCAAAGAUGUUCUUUUCACUGACCAGUGGAGCGAAGUCUGCAUGGACGCUCUCAGCCCCUUCGGUUAUGUGCUGGCCACGUCUCAGAGGAUGCAGGGAAUGUUGCUGCUCGUCUUUGCCAAAUAUUUUCAUCUGCCGUUCCUGAGGGGGAUUCAGACACAGACCACUCGCACCGGCCUCGGGGGGAUCUGGGGGAAUAAAGGAGGCGUCAGUGCGCGGAUGACUGUGUUUGGUCACUCAGUCUGCUUCUUGAACUGCCAUCUGCCCGCACACAUGGAGAACACAGAGCAGCGCAUGGAGGACUUCGAGAGCAUCCUGCAGCAGCAGCAGUUUGACGGACAGGCUGCUACUGGUGUCCUGGACCACGAUGUGGUUUUCUGGUUCGGAGACCUGAACUUCCGAAUCGAGGAUCUGGAAAUGCAAGUGGUGAAAGCAGCCAUCGACAACAACAAGCUGUCCGUAUUAUGGGAGAAAGACCAGUUGAAUAUCGCCAAAGACAGUGAGACGGUGCUGGAAGGUUUCCAUGAAGGGCCGCUUAAAUUCCCUCCCACCUAUAAGUUUGAUGUGGGGACAGACACAUAUGAUACAAGUGGUAAAAAGCGUAUGCCAGCCUGGACUGAUCGUAUCCUGUGGCGCUUGCGGCCGAUGGCUCAGGUCAGCAACAGCACCUCCAAACGCAGCUCUUUAUCAGGUCUGACCAGUGGAACCCGCGUUUCACAGCAUUUUUACCGCAGUCACAUGGAGUACACCGUCAGUGACCACAAGCCCGUAUCCUCUAUCUUCACUCUGCAGUUCCCGUAUAAGGUGGACAUGCCGUUGGUGACAAUCUUUGUGGAGGACGAAUGGAGAGAGAUUUCAGAUGCAGUGGCCAGAUUCAAGGUGGCGCCCAACUUCGCUCGAAGCUCCUGGGACUGGAUCGGCAUUUACAAGGUUGGGUUUAAGCACCAUAAGGAUUACGUGGCGUAUACUUGGGCCAAGCAGGAAGAAUCAGAUUUCCUGAGACAGGAGCACCAGGUGAAUUUUUCAGAGGAAGAACUGCCGAAGGAGUCUGGGGACUUCAUGUUGGGUUAUUAUAGCAACAAUACAAGCUCCAUUGUGGGCAUUACUGAGCCAUUCCAGAUUCAGUUGCCAGCCUCGGCUGCAGCAGGUCUGAGUCCGUCUGACAGCUCCGACUUCACGUCAGAUGAUGAGGUGAAAAAGCCUGAUUCUAGAGACUCGAGUCCUGAAACUGAAGAUCCUGUGAGCUCCAGACUCGCAGAAGAGCAGACAGCAAAACCCAGCCGACCGCACGCCAGACCGAGACACACCAAACACCACGGCAGCAGUGCAGUCCAGCCCUCCGAUGAGCCUGAAAACUCAGGAAAAGCUGCAGCCGAGCCAGAGGAGGAGCCUUAGCCAACCCAGCGGUGUCUCUGGAGGAUCACAUCAGCUCACGGUCGCAGGUUCUGCUGGGUCUGUGAUGUCCUUGUACAUUUACCGUCCUGUAAUGUUGUUUGGAGGUGUUGUCUUAUAUGUGCGGGAAGCGUUUAGUAUGUGGUUCCCUCCUGAAAAUACAAGAGGACAGACUAAAUUGCUUGUGCCUGGUUAGUUUAGUUGUGUGUAUCAUACUACUCAUCAAUUUAUUCUCCUUUUUUCUGACUGCACAAGACAAAACCCAGAACACAA